AUGGAGGGAGAAUACAUCCGUGCCCUUCAGGAACUCACUCAGAAAUUAUUGAAUAAGGAUGUUCACAUUAAUAAAUAUCACGGAUAUGAAAACGAGGACAUAAACCGCUGGUUUGAGAAACUAGAGUUGGUCUUGGAGUCUAAGGGAAUUCCACUGGAUGUUCCAGCCGCCAGAACACAGCUCAUUAAUAACCUCGCUGGGCCAGCAGAAACAUUCAUGUUUGAAUUACCGCCUGAGGAGCGAGGAAGCUUUAUGCUUUUAAAACAGGCCCUGGUGAAACGUUAUUCGACUAAGGACCGUGCUUGGGUUAAGCGACGGAGGCUAGUUGCUCGCCGUCAAGGCCCCCACGAAUUAUUGUCAGACUAUAUCAAUGACAUGCACGAACUAUUUAGCGGGUUAA